AUGAGUAAUGACCGCGACGUACUGUCGUCGAUUGCUGCCGAGAAACGAGCCGAUCCAAAUCUUGACCUCAGCUUGGAUAAACUGCCCAUUGAAAGGGCUCUCGGCACACGCUGGAAUCUCGAGUCAGACGAAUUGGGAUUCAAAGUAUCAGAAUUGAAGAAACCUGACACAAUGAGAGGAGUUCUGUCCACGAUAUGCACUAUUUUCGACCCUUUAAAUCUCGCUGCACCGGUAAUGUUAGUGGCAAAGAAGUUAAUGCAGGAUUUGUGGAGAAAGAAGUAUUCCUGGGACCAACAACUUGAAGGAGAAAUACUACGCAGAUGGCAAUGUUGGAAGGAAAGUCUUCAUCUCCUGAGUAAAAUAACGAUUCCAAGAUGCUAUUAUACCAAUCCUCAGCACGAAGAAAGUACCCUGGAACUACAUAAUUUCAGUGACGCAUCAGAAGUAGGAUAUGGAUCCGUCGCGUACCUUCGUAUCAGUUAUCCAGACGGAAAGAUAGAGUGCUCGUUCGUCGCUGGAAAGGCGCGAAAUGCACCAGUAAGGACCGUUACCAUCCCGAGGCUCGAACUGCAGGCGGCCGUUUUGGCUGCACGAAUGGGCAAGUCUAUCAAAAUAGAGCUGGAGCUUGACAUUAAAAGAGUGUUUUUCUGGACGGACUCGAUGAUCACCCUUAGCUAUAUUAACAACGAAACGCGACGCUUUCAAACCUACGUUUCGAAUCGAAUCGCAGAAAUCCACGAACUAACGUCGCCUGAGCAGUGGAAACACUGCCCUGGCGCUGAAAACCCAGCUGAUGACGCUAGCCGAGGAUUGGAAAUGCCCUUUUUUCUACAAAACGAACGGUGGUUGUCUGGGCCAGCUUUCCUUUUACAGCCGGAAGAAAAAUGGCCGAAGACCCAGCUACAACAUGUCCCAGAAACCUCACUCGAAUUGAAGAAAGAAGUAUAUGUCAUUGAAGUUAGCCAUGUGAAGUCCUUGGAUGAACUUAUCAACAGUACCUCAUGCUGGCUGAAAUGUUUACGGAAGAUCGCAUGGCUCCAGAAGUUUGUUAAAUGGAUCGAAGGCAAGAAAAGGAAACCUCAGUCACGAGACGUAAAACGGAUCACAUUAAAAGACCUCGAAGAUGCGAGACGUAAAGUGAUCAAGCUCGUUCAAAGGCAAGCCUUUAAGGAAGAAAUAACGAGGUUAGUAAAGAGUCUGACGGUCAAGGGCAGUAGGCUGGCAAGUUUAAAACCGAUCCUGGACGAAGAAGCCAUCAUACGAGUCGGGGGAAGAAUAUCAAAGGCACCAAUUUCCCGAGAUGCCGCAAACCCAAUGAUAUUGCCAAGGAAGCACCAUGUGACUGAGAUCUAUAUUCGUUUUUUGCACGAACAGAACGGUCAUUGCGGGCAUGAACAAGUUCUGGCGCUAUCAAGAGAAUUCUGUUGGAUCCUGAAAGCACGUGCGGCGAUAAGAGAAGUUUUAAACGGAUGUAUCAAAUGCAAACGACGAACUGUAGUAAGACAGGACCAAGAGAUGGCCGAACUGCCUAAGGCUCGACUCACUCCAUACGAACCAGCCUUUACCUAUUCAGGAGUGGACUACUUUGGCCCCUUUUUUGUUAAGCGUGGAAGAGGAAAAACGACCGAAAAACGAUGGGGAGUGAUAUUCACCUGCAUGAACAGCAGAGCAGUUCAUCUAGAAGUAGCGAGGUCGCUAGAAGCCGACGAUUUCAUUUUAGUCUUGGUUCGAUUUUUAAAUCGAAGAGGACACGUGAAAGAAAUGCGUUCUGACAACGGAACAAACUUCGUCGGCGCCGAGCGUGAAGUCCGAGAAGCUAUCCAGCAGCUGGACGAAACGAAGAUUAAUAACGAGUUAUCUAAGAGAGGAUGUAAAUGGGUUUUUCAUCCACCAGGAGCCUCGCACAUGUCCGGUGUAUGGGAAAGACUGGUUCGAACUGUGAAAAGAAGCUUGAAAGCUAUAGUCGGGAAAGAUCUAGUAAACGAGGAAGUUCUGCAGACGGUUUUUACUGCAGCUGAACGUAUUGCAAACGCACGACCGCUCACCCGGAAUCCACUAAGCCCAAACGACGAUGAACCCCUUACGCCAAACCAUUUCCUUAACGUUCGUCCAGCGAUUUACCUACCCCCCGAGAUUAUUUCCGAGAAUGACAAAUAUAGUAAGAAGAAAUGGAGACGAGCGCAACUACUUGCAAAUCAUUAUUGGAAAAGAUGGCUGCGGGAAUAUAUACCAACAUUACAAGAGAGAAAGAAAUGGAAUGAGCCCAAGAGAAAUUUGCAAGUUGAUGACCUGGUACUUAUUGCGGAUGAUAAUGUACCCAGAAAUACGUGGCCAAUGGGAAGGAUCGUAGACGUAUUCCCUGGUCCGGAUGGACGAGUAAGGACAAUUGACGUAAGAUCAAAAAACUCGGUAUACAGACGUCCGGUCGCGAAAGUUUGCUUACUAGAAGCUGCUGAUAAUCAAGAUAUGUAA